UCGUACACGCACAACCGGGACUGCCAUUGAUUAAACCUGUCAGAGAAUCAGCUGAUCGGUUAUUCACGUACGUGAGAUCAGCUGUGCGCAAUCAUGGACACGUUAAGCGAAGAAGAUUUUGUGAUACCUCCGGCUAAAUACGAAUAUUUGGAUCACACGGCUGAUGUGCAACUGCACGCAUGGGGCAAUACCAUGGAAGAGGCUUUCGAGCAAUGUGCGGUGGCCAUGUUUGGGUACAUGACGGAUUUAGAGCGAGUUCAAAUGACACAGUUACAUUACGUAGAAGCGGAAGGACACGACAUGGAAAGUCUUCUUUUUCAUUUCCUCGACGAAUUAUUAUUCAUGUUUAGCGCCGAACCGUUUAUCGUUGCGAAGAAAGUGAAGAUUACUAAUUUCGACCGCGAGAACUUCAAGAUCUCUGCGACGGCGUUAGGAGAAGAGUUUACGAUCGGCAAACACACUCAGAACGCCGAGGUGAAAGCGAUUACGUACUCAGCGAUGCAGAUCCUCGAUCGUCCUCAAUCAGAACGUCCCGAACUUUUCGUGAUCGUAGACAUAUAGCCGUUUCAGGUUCAGUUCGGUGUCUUGCUUGAUUUCUUGGCGCGCCCGUGUAAUUUGGCUCGGGUUAAGGCUUGAGACGGAACGGUAUGUAGGAACGAAUGAAUAUAGAAGCAAGAAGGGAGGUAUAUACCCUCUCUUACUUAGGGUACGAUCCUUUUGUACUUGCGUAGGGUUCAAAUAAAUACGUUAUGAAGAAAACACCGGGCUCCCUUCUUGGGUAUCUACCUCAAGUACGUAGUAACGUACCAUGGAACCCUGCGUUUUGUGGAGGAUACCUCUCAAGAACUUUAUACCGCCGAUGUAUAACCGUACAUAAUUUAUUUAAACAACGUAAACAUUGUCGGUUGUUAAUUCUUUUUAUAUUGUACCUGUAUUAACAAAUGUUUGAUUGUUGUCGAAAGCUGUUGAUAGUCAUUUAUAAAUGCCAGACACAUAUAACAAGUAUUAUGUAAGAAUGUUUGUAUAUUUUUAUAAACAUAAUAAAGAUGUUUUUUAUGUUUCGUGUCAGUGAAAAUUUUCGUUAACAAAGAAUAGAAAGAUCGAUGUUUGUAUUAUUACGAUGAAAUUGUAGUUAGAAGAAAAUAUGAAUUAGAAUGUAAGUCAUCGACUAACGUUGUGAUUCGUCAUACGAUAGAAUAGAAUAGAAAAUCAUAGUCUAGCGUAUUUUCGCACGUGCAGAGUGGUACGGCCCUGGCAUCCAACACCCCUCCAUCGUGAAGGAAGCGACGACCGCCCGCUUAGUUUCGGGCAAGAAACGAUAGGCAGUGGGAUCCUCCCAAUCUUCGGAAGCGCGUGUACUCGAGGGAAGAGAAUCAAAAAGCUUCGAAAAUUACAUAAUAGGAGAUUGUGUUAAUCAUUCGUUUGAUUCUUGCCCCCUUUCCUUCGCGAUAAGGCCCAUUGUUAAAGGGACUCACUGCCAACAUCAAGCGUGGCCGUUUGUUUCGAAAGCGUACACCCCUAACCAUGGCGGACUAGUACGGUAAUAAUCUAUCAAAACGACAUAUCGUGACGUUUCAAACUGUCAAAUACGAAUAACCGAUACAUCAAGCUUGAACGUGUCUCGGGAAAGUCGUGAUAUAGGGAUUUUUCACCUACAUGCCGGAGCUUGCGUGGCAGUUUCGAGGAAAACGAGAGGGACAGUUUUGGCGCGUGUGUCUUUUAUCUUCAUAAAAAGCUCGUGUAACUGGUGUGUCUCUAAUUUUCAAUUUCCCAUUUUUCAAUCAACAUAAACGACAUGCUGUAACGGAAAAGCGUGACAUCCUGUACCCAUCGUGGGACAUCUAACCCUAACGGAUAUAAACAAACGUUAUCGCAAAUGCUUGAAAGAUCAUAGCCGUUUAAACAACAUCAAGAGGCAAGUAAAAACAAGUGAACCUGUGAAUAAUUUUCAUGAAAAACUGAGGAAAGGUGACACGAUCUAGGAACUUUUUUGGAUAUCUGCUAUCGCUGGCGGCGCGGUGGUUACGGACGGAGAAAAGCGAAGUGACGGUUUUGGCGCGCGUACUCGACUCCUGUAUACGACCGGCAGAUGGCCGGUGCGCCGGUACGUUAUACGCGCGCGUCCACGAACGCACCGACACAUGACAGGCGCCUAAGCACGUACUACCACCAUGACAGAGACGCGUUCAAGAGCAUAUCGAGUCAGUGGUAGAAGGCCACUACCAUAUUGACACUGAGCGUUGGUGAGAGCGCAGUAGAGCGCACGGACACGCGGUUCGGUGUUACUACUACCGGUACAGACGGGUCUAUCUGCCUCGUAGCCCGAGCCAGUUGCCAGCGCGCCAGCUAGCCCCGUCCAUCCAAUCGCCCAGCUCACGAGCCGGCCUCGUGUGCGCGCGCGACACCCCGACAGAAAAGGUUCGUUUUCCUCGCCGGUGGCUCGACCGAUCAUGUCGAGGCGGGGCUUAUCGUGAACUUUAGAGCCUAUACAUUCCUUGGAAGCUGAAAACACGGCGAACGCACGUACAGUUUCGGCCCUUUACGCACGAUUAUUUCGGGUCCCCAGUCUACUACUGCUGCUGCUGCUGCUGCUGCUGCUGCUGCUGCUGCUGCUGGUGCUGGUGCUUGGUUGUCGUUCCUAUUGCUGAGAUCGGCCCUGCAGAAAAUGGAUACCGCACCAGUGCGGUAGAGAGACAGAACGAAGCAGAUAUAUAGAAAAACGAGCGUGAAAGAGAAAGAAAGAGAGAGAAAGUGUGUGUGUGAGAAAUAAAGGCCACGCAACUACUACGACUACGACUACGACGAGGACAACGACAACCGUUUAUAAGUUGAGAAAGAAGGACAGAGAGAGAGAAAACGAGCGAGGGCGAGAGAAUAGUAAAUCAUAUGUACGAAGUGUGUAUAUAAUAUACUAAAGCGAAAAAGCAAGAGAAACAUUUCGUGCACGGGCUAGCCUCGGAAGACCGGGUUAGGAAAAGCCUCGUCGUCUGGUCGUUUUCCCAGACGAACACGUUUCCUUGUCCUGUCAUCGACAGGCCUACAGUGAAAAUUGCAUCUAGAAAUAUCGGCAACG